AGCAGCGAGUGGAUUUGUUGUCUUCCUUCUCUCUGUGUCAGUGGUACAGGGUCAGAAUGGCUGGGGAGUGACUUACACUUCUACUCACAUCUGUGCCUUAAAAGGAUCAACAGUGGACAUAAACUGCACCUACAGAUACCCAUCCAGAAUAAAUGAUCAUGAUACUAUGGUUGAGAAAACAUUCUGGUUCACAAAAAAGAGUAAUGGUGUGUAUGUAGAUCUGAGAACAGACUCGGAGUAUUCAGGUCGUGUUCAGUAUCACUGUGAUAAGAACGACUGCACUCUGAGAAUCACAGACCUGAGAGAGAGCGACUCAGCUGAGUACAAGUUCAGGUUCAUAACAAACCAACCAGGAGGGAGAUUUUUUGGUUCACCUGGAAUCACUUUGACUGUGACAGAUCUCCAGGUGUAUGUGAGCAGAUCAACAUUCAAUCCUUCCUUGGCAGAGCUGAAGUGUCACAGCAGCUGUCAUCUACCUGAUGGUUCUUCCUACAUCUGGUACAAGAAUGGACAGGACAUAUCGGGACAAACAUCUAAUUCUUAUUCAGGCAGCUUUGAUUCUACAGACAGCUAUUCCUGUGCUGUGAAAGGACAUGAGAAGUUCCCCUCUCUUUCAUUGUUGGGAGUGAUGUACUCUUCUACUCAGAUCUGUGCCUUCAAAGGAUCAACAGUGGACAUAAACUGCACCUACAUAUACCCAUCCAGAAUAAAUGACCAUGACACUGAAAUUAAGGAAACCAUCUGGUUUACUAAAGGGCCUAAUUAUGACCCUGUGAAUCUGAGUACAGAUUCAGAGUAUUCAGGUCGUGUUCAGUAUCACUGUGAUAAGAACUACUGCACUCUGACAAUCACAGACCUGAGAGAGAGCGACUCAGCUGAGUACAAGUUCAGGUUCAUAACAAACCAACCAGGAGGGAAAUAUACUGGUUCACCUGGAGUCACUUUGACUGUCACAGAUCUCCAGGUGCAUGUGAGCAGAUCAACAUUCAAUCCUUCCUGGGCAGAGCUGAAGUGUCACAGCAGCUGUCAUCUACCUGAUGGUUUUUCCUACAUCUGGUACAAGAAUGGACAGGACAUAUCGGGACAAACAUCUAAUUCUUAUUCAGGCAGCUUUGAUUCUACCGACAUCUAUUCCUGUGCUGUGAAAGGACAUGAGAAGUUCCCCUCUCUUCCAUUGUCGGGUCCCUGGGGAGUGAUGUACUCUUCUACUCAGAUCUGUGCCUUCAAAGGAUCAUCAGCGAAGAUAAACUGCACCUACAUAUACCCAUCCAGAAUAAAUGACAAUGAUACUGAAAUUGAGGAAACGUUCUGGUUCACUAAAGGGCCUGAUAAUGACCCUGUGAAUCUGAGAACAGACUCAGAGUAUUCAGGUCGUGUUCAGUAUCACUGUGAUAAGAACGACUGCACUCUGACAAUCACAGACCUGAGAGAGAGCGACUCAGCUGAGUACAAGUUCAGGUUCAUAACAAACGACCCAGGAGGGAAAUAUACUGGUUCACCUGGAGUCACUUUGACUGUCAUAGGUAAAAUUUUCAUUUGAAAUGGAGCAAAACAUUAGUU